CGAGCGUCCUCCCCCAGUCCGGGAGCGACGCUGAGUGGAGCCGCCGAACACACGAGAUGUGGAAGCUGAGCCGGGGCCGGGUGCUUCUGGACGAGCCCCCCGAAGAGGAGGACGGGCUGCGCGGGGCACAGCCGGCUUCAGCAGCUGCCCCGGCGCCGGUGAGGGCACGCCUGGGGGCGCAGGGAGCAAGUCUCAGAGGCUGGAAAGAAGUAACUUCUCUGUUUAAUAAAGAUGACGAACAGCAUCUGAUCCAGACGUCCAAAUCUCCCAAGUCCAAAGGAGGUAAUCUACGACUAAAAGAAGAGUUAAAGGCAGAGAAGAAAUCAGGAUUUUGGGACACUUUGGUUCUGAAGCAGAAUACCCAGCCUAAAAAACCAGACCAGAUCGAAGGUUGGGAGCCCCCGAAACUUACUGCUGAGGACGUGGCAGCCGACGUCGAGGACGGGAGCAGCAGCUGCCCACCCUGGUCCGGCUGGGAGGAUGAUACCAAGGGCUCUACCAAGUACACCAGCCUGGCCAACUCGGCUAGCAGCUCCCGCUGGAGCCUCCGCUCAGCAGGGAAGCUAGUCAGCAUCAGGCGACAGAGCAAGGGCCACCUCACAGACGCCUGUGAGGAGGUGGAAUGAGCUAAUGGACCUUCACUGUGACAUCGUGUUGCUUCUAGGGUUCGCCAAGCCUUGGUGGCCUUCUCCUAGUGCGCCAUUCAUUUGUUGAGCCCUCUCAUAGUCAAAGAAAGGGAUCCACUGAGUCGCUUGUGUUCUGUGCUCCGUGACCCACGUGCGCCAUGGCUUCCUGGGGACAUCGGGCAGCCUGACUGCAGAAACACCCGCCCCCUGGGCGCGUGUCUGUUGAAAGGACAUGUGCGUCGCUGGCGCUGUCCCGUGAGACAGAACAAUGACUCGCAGCCUCCUCUAAGUUUCCCGCCAGCCUCAGUCAUCUUGUCCCUGCAUGUGACACGCGUGUGACACGCGUGUGAUGACACGAGUGUGGGCGUGGCCUCAGUGGUACCUUCUCCCUUUGUCAGAACACAAGAGCAUCUUCCGAAGGCGGCGACGGCCUUUCAGUUUAACAACAGGUUCAUUUCUCCCUUGUUAAGACAGAAGCGAAACAGAAUCUGGCUGCUGGAAGCGACUGAGGUGGCUUGAAGUAGAACGUCACAGCCGGCGUUGUGAGUGGCCCGCCUGCUGCUGGGGCGGAGUCACCUCCAGUGUGAGCUUGGGUGGCAACGGGUUCUCUUAUGGAAUUGUAUUUUUGCUUUUGAACCUUUAAAUACGGGAUCUUUAUUUUCUUCAAAACAUGUUGAUUUUCAAACUUAAAGAUGAAAGAAAUACUAUGAGUGAAUUCCAGUCACCCAAUAAUCUUAGCUUUGCCCCGAAAACACCAACCUGCUCGCUGUAGGGUUAAGACUGUGUAUAACUUACUGAAGUGCCUCUUUUCUAUGACUCUCAGAUGUUUAGUUUUUCAAAACGAGAUACUUUUAUGAUUGACGUUAAACCUGUAAGAAGUGUUACCCCCGAACCUGCUCUGCUUGUCUCACACUGCUGACUGUCCCUGCUUGUGGGCCUGUGGAUUGGCAGGGUUGGUACCUCCGUAGGGGGCAUUUAGCAACAGCUGGUGCACGUUGCUUUUGUUGUUCAGUUAACAGUGCUCUGACGGAGGUGGUGUAUUUCUCUUCGUUUAGAUUAAAAAUGAACAGCCUCCCGUCACACUGCCCUUGAGUUUGUCCGUGUGAGCAGUGUUUCAUGUACCUGGAUGUCCCACUCAAUGUUUCUUGUGGCACAGUGGAGUGGCCCAGUGCAUACGUGGUGUCAGAGCAUCUGUGUCUUUAAUGGAACAAGUCUGCUAGGUAUGCCCUUCUACAUGUCUGUCCGCCGCCUCGCUAGCCAGCCACCUGUCACCAUCCACCUGUCCACACAUCAACUGAGCUGUGCAUUUUCAAAAAAGUAGAAUAAGUUUACCUAAUGAGUUUUGAGAGGGCUUUACAUGGUUUCAAAUAAAAAAAAAAUUGUUAACACCUAGAGACUGUGAACUUAUGGAGAUUUUGAUUCAUAAUGCACAGUGUAUAAUUUCUACUGUAGCGUGUGAGCUAGACCAUCUUGAAGUAUUCUCAGGUAAACAGUUGAGGGCAUGGGCUCUGACUCUCCUGUCUUCAAAAGGGGUAACCGCAGGUGAGGACAGAAGAGCAGCUCAUGCUGACGCCCACAGCAGCAGCCCCUGGGUUGUUUGGCUGACUGCCUGUGGCCCAGGAAUCCAAAGCCUUGAGAAUGUAGGGAACGAGCUCUCGGACUCACAGCCUCUGCCUUCGCUGGGCCUGUGUCGAGGGCUAAGUGCCUGUAGCUCCCUGUGCCCGUGUACCUGGAUGCAAGGGUGCAUGUUGGCACAGGGACCUUUACACUGUUGCCUCUUGGAAGGUGAAGAUGCACUGUACACCAGACUCGAUGUUUUUUAAUAUAGAAAGAUUAACUAAAGUGAACUCUUCUUCUGUUGUAUCAAAUUAAAAUAUCUUGUGUUUGAGAUUUUUAGUGCAAAUAUUUAUUGGUAUG